UUUUUUGUAUUUUGUAAUCAUUUUGUGCUAUGGAGUGCUCAGAAGUAAUAUCCAUGAGAAUGAUUUAAAGGUUUUUAAAUUAAAAAACCCUAGUAAGGGAAAUGGAGACAGGUAUAGAAUGCCACAGAGCUUCAACUGGGAGCAGCUACCUCCAGACCCAAUAGUGUUUAUUCCUCUCAGUACUUACUAACUAUAAGAACCCAAAGUGAAGGUGCUUGGUAGCAUGACGCUGCUUUGGCUUAGGCUUAUUGUUGGCUGAACUAAACCACCUGAUUCUGAUUUGUAAUUUCCAACAGCUAAUUAAUCUCAUUGGACUGUCUGUGUGCCCCCUUAGCCCUUCUCCCGUGGCUUGGGCUGCCUGUGCUGGAGGCCAGCCCGGACUGUGUGCAGGUGUUUGGGGGUGAAGCGGAGCUGGGAAGAGCCAGCUUCUAAGCUUCCCCUUUUUUCUGGGGGCUGUGCUGGAGCUCAGACCAUCACCGCUUGCCUAGUCCCACUGACUUGACCUCAAACUUGCUUCAGCUGCGUUUGACCCUGGUUGCUGCUGCCUAACCUGUUCUUCUGCCCAGGUGCUGUACCAGUUCUUGGACUGACAGACCCAAGACUCUGCUACUUACUGGAUGGCUUCCUCUUCAUUUAUGCAGUGGUCAUGACAGCCCUUUUUGUGAAAGCAAAGCUUAGCCAGGCCGCUGAACCACAGCUGCAACCAGGCCAGGAUGAUGUGUAUAAUAAACUGUCUCGUGGGCGCCGAGAUGAGUAUGAUGUUCUGGGGGCAAAGCGAGGUGCAGACCCCGAGCUGGGCGGGAGACACCAGCAGAGAAGAAAGAACCCUCAGGAUACUGUCUACACAUCGCUGCAGAAGGACAAGAUGGGCGAGGCCUACAGUGAAAUCGGAAUGAAGGGAGAGCAGCAGAGGCGGCGAGGCAAAGGGAACGAAGGUGUCUACCAGGGACUCAGUACAGCGACCAAGGACACUUACGAUGCCCUCCAAAUGCAGCCUUUGCCCCCCCGCUAAGCAGGAGUCAGCGAGGGGGUGGGCAGGAGUGGGAGGUGCCCACCUGCACCCGGGAGGAGAGGAGGGAAAGCCGUGCUCAUCCGAAGCAAGCACCGUGUGUUUUCUCAGUGCAACCACCUGCUUCGGUUGGUUGGUGCACAGAGGGAGUGGGUCUGGACUUGGUCUGUCUCUCCUCCCCUUCCUCCUGAACCCUGUAACCGCAAGCUUUAGCUAUUGACAUGUACAUAUCUGUAAAGUUGUCUCCAAUAACAGUGGUUAUUAGGCUGAUUUUUGUAAGAUUGGUGUUGUGGGACCAGACCACACCUACUAACAAACAAACACGGCUGUUUCUGUAGCUCUUACUCGCCUUCCAGGGGUAUCAAGACAUGUAAUUAUGGUUUCAUUGCUUUUAAAGAACUUGUAAAGAUAGGGCUGUAGUUAUUUCCUGUAGUAUUUAUCUUAAGACUAGCGGGCACAGACCAGAUGAUAAACUUUUUGCAGCUCUCACUUCUGGGCCACAGAAACUGUACAAAAGCCAACGUAAACGCAGUUAUCAGUCCAGAGAGAUACGGGUUCAAUCAUGUAAUGCCUUUUUGAUGAACUAAUAAAGAUACGUCAAGGA